UGCGGCGCCACAGGCAUGCAGCUGCCGACCGGGGCGGCUCAGAGUCAGACCACCGGAGCACAGGGGACGCGGCGGUCUCAGAGCCGGGCUUGAGGGGAGAGGCGGCCAUCGGUAUGAUAUGCAACAAAAACGGAGACUGUAGAAGGGACCCGACCAGUUCAGGGAGCCUCUCUUCUCUCAUCUCAAGACAGGAGAAGCAGGCAGAUGGAGAAGUAGCUGCGGAAGAGGACCGGGAACUGGCUGCGGGCAUGGACGGCUCUGUCGAUUCAGCGGGGUCCCUCACACAGGGGCCCGGGGCCGAGGUCAAGACCGCGGCAGAGAAAAAGGACUCCAGAGUUUCUUUCUCUAACGCCCCAACUAGUAAAGGACAGACUCCAAGUCAGCAGUCGAGAAAUUCCGUUACCUUCUCCAAAGCAGAGGACGGCUCUCAGAUAGUGCCGGACGAUGGGGAGUCCAGGGGGAAUCAGACCUACAUGCAGCGGCAGUUUAGUUCCAUGCUUCAGCCCGGAGUUAACAAGUUCUCCCUGCGCAUGUUUGGCAGCCAGAAGGCUGUGGAGAAAGAGCAAGAGCGCGUAAAGUCAGCGGGUAAUUGGAUUAUCCACCCAUACAGCGACUUCAGGUUCUACUGGGACUUCUCUAUGCUGAUGUUCAUGGUGGGAAACCUCAUCAUCAUCCCUGUGGGCAUCACCUUCUUUAAGGAUGAGACAACCACACCCUGGAUCAUCUUCAAUGUGGUGUCUGACACCUUCUUCUUAAUGGACCUUGUGCUCAACUUCAGAACAGGCAUCGUGUUUGAGGACAACACAGAGAUCAUCCUCGACCCCAAAAAGAUCAAAAAGAAGUACUUGAAGAGCUGGUUUGUGGUGGACUUUGUUUCCUCUAUACCUGUGGAUUAUAUCUUCCUCAUCGUUGAGAAGGGGAUCGACUCAGAGGUCUACAAAACCGCCCGGGCGCUCCGCAUCGUCCGCUUCACAAAGAUUCUCAGUCUGCUGCGCCUGCUGAGGCUGUCCCGACUCAUCCGAUACAUCCACCAGUGGGAGGAGAUCUUUCACAUGACCUAUGACCUGGCGAGUGCUGUGGUUCGAAUUUUCAACCUUAUUGGUAUGAUGCUGCUGUUAUGCCACUGGGACGGAUGCCUCCAGUUCCUUGUUCCCAUGCUCCAGGACUUUCCCUCUGACUGCUGGGUGUCCCUCAACAAGAUGGUGAAUGACUCAUGGAGUGAGCUUUACUCCUUCGCCCUCUUCAAAGCCAUGAGCCACAUGCUGUGUAUUGGAUAUGGAAGACAAGCCCCGGAGAGCAUGUCGGAUAUCUGGCUCACCAUGCUCAGUAUGAUCGUGGGAGCCACCUGCUACGCCAUGUUCAUCGGUCAUGCCACCGCUCUCAUCCAGUCACUGGACUCGUCCAGACGGCAGUAUCAGGAAAAGUACAAACAAGUGGAGCAGUACAUGUCAUUCCACAAGCUACCAGCCGACUUCCGACAGAAGAUCCAUGACUACUACGAGCACAGGUACCAGGGGAAGAUGUUUGAUGAAGAGAGCAUCCUGGAGGAGCUUAAUGAGCCUCUGCGUGAGGAAAUCGUCAACUUCAACUGUCGUAAGCUGGUGGGCUGCAUGCCGCUGUUUGCCAACGCAGAUCCUAACUUUGUGACUGCUAUGCUGACCAAGCUGAGGUUUGAGGUUUUCCAGCCUGGAGACUACAUCAUUCGGGAGGGCACCAUCGGCAAGAAGAUGUAUUUCAUCCAGCAUGGCGUGGUCAAUGUCCUGACCAAAGGCACCACGGGCAUGAAGCUCAUUGAUGGCUCCUACUUUGGAGAGAUCUGUCUCCUGACCCGUGGCAGACGGACAGCCAGUGUGCGAGCAGACACCUACUGUCGCCUGUACUCUCUCUCUGUGGACAAUUUCAACGAGGUGCUGGAGGAGUAUCCCAUGAUGAGGAGGGCAUUUGAGACCGUCGCAAUCGACAGAUUGGACAGGAUAGGCAAGAAGAACUCGAUCCUAAUGCACAAAGUCCAGCAUGAUCUCAACUCAGGUGUUUUCAACAACCGUGAGAAUGAGAUGAUCCAAGAGAUCGUCAAAUAUGAUCGAGAGAUGGUUCAACAGGUGGAUGUGCCCCGCCCUCGAGCCAUGUCCAUGACACUUUCACAACACAGUGGGAUUUUUACUCCGCCAGGUUCCUCCGCACAGCCCCAGAAUUCAGCGAUUGCCACUUUGCAGCAGGCUGUAGCCAUGAACUUUUGUCCCCCCGUGCAAGGGAACUCUGUUGGAACGGGGAACAUGCAGUCUCCUAGGAUGAUGAGGAGAUUCCAGGUGAUGCAAAGUGUAUCCAGUCCUGUGUCAGCCUCUCCGCUGCAGUCUCAACUCCUUGCGUCUGGUGCCUUUGCUCCGGUCCUCUCCAGCCCAUCUGUCCAGAGCCCGCUGGCAGCUGGAGGGAGAUCAUUCCAGUAUGGAUCUAGUGCCCUGGCUGGCCCUACCUCAGGCUCCCAGCUUUCUCUAUCCCAGCAGCACGCAUCCAGCCCUGCACACUGGCCCAGCACCCACAAGAGCACCCAUUCUUUGCAAAUGGGCAGCCUGAGCCAGGAUGCCAGGGCACUGUCAGCCUCCCAGCCCUCACUGCCUCAUGAAGGAGCGCAACCAUGUGUACCCAGUCCACCCCAGUCGACACGAGUCUCCUCGACUUCCAUUGGACCUCCCCAGACCUCAUCAGGUCAGACAGGUGUCCGGAGCGCUAUAACACCCCGAGUGAUACUUCCUCACCAGAUGUCCGUGGGAGCCUUCCCUGCUGCGUCCCUGCCUGGUUCUGUGCAUGGUUUUGUAAGUGGUGCAGGGCUCUCUGUGGGGGGUGUGGGAACAGGUCUAGGUGACGUAGGACUGCCUAAGAAGGACUCUAUAGUGAGCCUUCCUGAGACAGAGCACAUCAAAGUGAGAUCCAGGCUGUCCUCAAACUUGUGAUCUUAAAUAUGCUGUUUUUGGAGAAUGAUUCAAUGAUGAGCUUGACAGCAAGAACUAGGGUGGGGUUCCACUUGUCUUUACUCCAGUUUGACUAUCCGAAUGUAAGUUGAGUGAUGGGCAGCAGGGAAAA